AUGGAAAAUCUGAAGAAGGAUACGGACAUUAGCUCUGAUGACAUCGGCCGCACCUUCAUCUCACGCCGGGUGCUUCCCCUCCAGCGCUGGGAGCAUAAGAUUAGCGAGAUGUAUGGCCUUCGUGAUCCCACCAAGAUCACCGACCUUCCCUUGAGCAAGGAGGACAUAGUGCUUAAGGCUAAGCAAAUCUGUCAAACAGAUAUGCCGAUGGACUGGGAGUGGGGCUUCGCUAAGGAGCGCUUUCCUCGCAUCGCUGCGGAGAAACGAGGCCCAAAGCAGAAGCGGGAUCUUGACGAGGUCGACCCUGACCCUUACAUCCAUUGGACCGACCUCAAGAUGGGCCGCACCCACACCCCGCGCCCCGAUGCUCCCUCAGCUAGCACCCAACCACAGGUUCAUGAGCACGUGGCUCCUCUGCAGGCCGAAGUUGGCUGCGAGUACAUGGAGAAGCUCACUUCCCAGGGCAAGAAGCACAAGGCCCCGGCAACUGAAGCCGGUUCAAGCCAAGGCCCUCCCGCCAAACGCUCCCGGACCGAAGUUGUCGGAGGGAAGGAGGUAGGCCGGAAGCGCUACCAGAAGAAGCAGAUGCCGGUCGCUUCCAGCCCUGCGCUCAAGCUUUCCAAGAGCGCCAGCGGCCCAAGGCCUGAGAGCUCCGAGGGAACCGCAAGGACCUCAUCUCCUCUUUACUCAAGCCCGGACGCCCCUGACGCCCCCUCAUCGCCCAAGACUACGUCUGCGCCUCCGCCGGAAGCUCCCACCGUCGAGCCUACCAGGGCCACGCCGACACCGCCGCCGAACCAAGGACCCGCACCAUCUCCUAGCCAAGGGCCCGGUGCGGCCAAGCCGACGCCGCCGCCAGAGAGCACUAAGCUUCUCAAGCCGGAAGCUUUCAAGGGGAAGGCCACGGCUUCCGGCACCGCUACGCCUGGCUCACAGCAGCUGGCGCUGCACGCCGGCCGCGCCGCUGUCGUAGCCGGUGAGAUGACCACCGGCCUGCUUGGCCGGAUAACCGAGUUGAAGCGCGAAGGCCGCGAGCUGGGCCAUCUGCUUGAAUAUGCUGAAAAGUGGAAUCAAGCAGAUGUGUCCGCGGCCACGCGCGGCUUGGGGAAGGACAGGCUUCCGGCGGUUGACCCCGCUGGUCCCUGGUGCACGGAGGAGCACUUCAUCCGGCCGCGGCGCGCGGUGAGGGAGCUCGACAACGCGUGGCACGAUGCCACCAACAACGUUUUGGUAAGUUGCACCAAAUUUUUUGCAAUUUCUUCAAUUCUUGCCGCUAUCACGGAAGCCUCCAUUGAGGCCCUCAAGGCCCAGCUCAGCACCCUCCAAGAUGAGAAGGAGCAGCUCAUCCAGGAGCAUCGCAAGGCUCUGGACGCCCAGAAGACCACCACUAGAGAGCUGAAGAACGAGCUCAUCCAAAUCGGGCUCCGGCAUGAGCAGGAGCUGAGGACGCCAAAGCUGCGGCUGAGGCGCAGCUAA